AGAACGAGAGAGCAAGACGUUGGUUGCAGCGUGGGGGAGGAGGAGUCGCUGCUGCUGCUGCUGCGCGUGUAGAGCUGAAACGGCGGCCAUAUUGCCGCGAUCGAGCGCAGUGUUUGUUUUGUCGGUGGAAGCUGCGCGUUGGCCCCAUGCGCGCGCGCGCGCCCGCCUGCUGCGAGUCCGUCCCUGUGUGUGUCUCUCGACUGUUUCGUCGAGGAGCGAUUGGAACGAGCUGUGACUGAUCUCGCGAAGACGUUACGAGAACUCUCGUCCGCGUCCGGUUAAUAUCACUGAUCCCCAGGACCGUCGUCGUAUCGUGACAUCACGCGAGAGACGGACGCACACCCAGACCGCUCUCUCCCCUCUCGGCCGCCCGUGUAGCCGACGUCGCGUAGCCCCUGUGCCCCGCCCUUCUCUCCCCCCCGGCAGGAGGGCCACAGUCCGUGUAGCCGACUGGGUGUCAGUCGCACACGACGAGACGCACGGUAAGCUCGAGAACGCCGCGCCACCACCAACAGCAGCAGCAGCAGUAGCACCAUGGCGUGCGCCACGCUCAAGAGGUCUUUGGAGUUCGACCCGGUGCACAGCCACGGCCGGCCCAGCAAACGAAGGAGGUGCAUGCCGAUGUCGUGCGCCUCGCCCGGCGCGUCCACGUCGUCGCCACGCGGCGGACCGCUGUCGCAGAAACCGUCGCCGUUCGGCGAAAUAGCCAACAAAUUGACGCCUGAAAAGAUGGCCGCUAACAUCAGAGAAGAAAUCCGCAGAUUGCAACGACGUAAACAAUUGCACUUUCAUCCCCAGAACAGCAGCGGCGAUUCAUCAGAUAUGGAGGGACCUUCCAGUCCUUCUGGUCCAUCUGGCUCUUCUUCAACUCCCUUUAGUCAUAACACUAGCGGAAAGGAAAAACCACUUUUCACAUUUAGACAGGUUAACUUGAUCUGCGAGCGAAUGCUCAAGGAGCAAGAGACGCAAAUUCGAGAAGAGUACAAUCAGAUCUUACAUUUCAAGCUCUCCGAACAGUAUGACACUUUUGUCAAAUUCACGUACGAUCAGAUACAAAAAAGAUUCGAAAACUCAGCUGCACCGAGUUAUCUAUCAUAAGAAAGGAUUCUUAUUUAUAAGAAGACAUUCUGUGAAGAAUAUUAGAUUUCUACUGUGUGAAACAAAUUUUGCUUGUGCCGAGGUUUGCAAUGCCGCCUCGUUUCGGAAAUUGUCUCUAAAAAGAUAAACCACAGUUUCAGCAGUGUCUAAUAAACAGGAAAAAAAGGACUAAAAAAGAUGAGAAGGGGAAAAGGAGUUGAAAAAAAAAAAAUGAUUAGUAAUGUAAGUUCAUAGAGAACGAGAGAGAGAGAGAGAAAGCAAAUUACGAUGAAUUGUAAACACAUUAUGAAAAUUUACCAUGUAUACUUUCGAGACUAACAAUAUUUGUACUGUUUGACAUUAGAAAUGCGCUGGUAUCAGGGAACUGAUUCUACUUAUGUACAAAUGUUAUUACGGUUAAAAAUAUAACGUGUACACGGUGCGCUGCAUUUGGGGAGUACGCUAUCAACACUAUCGCAUCACUCUAUCUAUCGUUCAUUAAACGUAAAAUAAGAAUUGAAUGUAAUAGUAUCGACAGCGUGCUUCUCGAAGCCUAUAAACGCAAGGCUUGAUAUCCAGCUUGGAGAGAAAGGAGACGAGAGAACAAGAGAAAAAGAGUAUGUAUGGAUGUGUGUGUGUGUGUGUGUGUGUGUGUGUGCGCGUGUGCGCGAGAGAGAGAGAGAGAGAGAGAGAAAACUGAGCUAUUUUUUUUAGCUUAUUACACGAAUAUAUUUUUCAGGUUACUUUUUUGUUUAGGGAUAUUGUAAAACGUGAAAGAAAUUUUUGGAGAUUUGGUACAUGCAUAGUGUAAAGCAUUGUGUCGAAUACUAUGUAAGAUACUUCAAUAAGUGUUUCGUUUGUUCAUCUUAAUGCUACGACAGUUUAGACAUUGCUCAAGUAUAUACGGCAACCAAUGCUCUAAGCAUCUUGUCGGGCACGUCUGAGAUGCAUCUUGCGAAUUUCGAGGCAGGAGACAAUGUGCAUUCGCGAAUAAAAGGUUUGCCUUUUUUCGAAUCCUAAUUGCUCAGCGAGGAGCGAGGAUAACAUUUAGAAUUCAAUGUAUGAUUGCAUAAAUUAAGAGAUUAAAUAAUUCUACGACUUUAAACUAAAAUCUAUAAGGAGAGGAUACACAAUUAUUAAGCGUAAUAAUUUGUUAAAUUAAUAGUAAUGAAUUGGUUUGUGAGUUAUAAUACGCUUGCAUUGAAUUUUAUGAUUUUUGAUCUUCGACUAGAAAAUUUUUCGUACAUAAAAUAUACAGAAAAUUAUUAAAAAAUAAUAUUUUUGUAUAUCACUUCUUUCGCUCUUUAUUGAAAAUUCUUGUAAAAAAAAGAACGAUCUCAUUUAAGAUAUAAACGUUAUGAGAGAUGUAAAAGUGUCGGGGAUAAUAUUGUAGAUUUAUAGGCAUUGUACGAAGGCAUUGUGAAGCGUAACUAUUUGGAAUAAAGAUUUCAUAAAAUCUCGUCACACAGCAUUUCUGUUCCCUGGUAGCAACGAAUUUCUGUAGUUGUAAUAAGAAAAAGUGCUGAGUAAUGAAUAUAACUAUAUACCGUACUCUUUAACUGUGCCUAUUCUUAGACAUGUUUGUAACGAUUAUUACAAUUACUAUGUUAUUAUUUACUGUUAUCGCCGUCGUAAAAAAUUUUUUUAGUUUGUAGCAAUUCUCAUUAUGUUGUAGUACCACAUCCUGUGCGCGUGAUAUUUUCUUCCUUUUUUUUUACUCGAUUAAGAUAAGGUUCUGCGAGACUUGGUGGCUGCGUGCAUUUUUUUUAUGUUCCAGCGUGAAAAUUUUUAUUCCGCCGAAUAUUAAAAAAAAGAGCAUUUUAAAGCACCAAAUGGAACGUCGAAAGUUCUUGUAAGCACAAUGUAAAAUGAUCCUCGAUCGACUGUACAUGCCUAUGGUCACGAUUGUCGAGGAAGCGAUUUAUCUCGUACGAUUUCGAGGGGCAUUCGAAUUACUACUGCCUUUUUCAUAUUGCGCAAAAGAAAAGAAAGAAAGUGUCUCUCAGUUACCACAAUAUUUUUGGGAGCAUCGUACACCAAUGGUGUUCACGCCCACACACACGUAUACACAGAAAAAAAAGUAUAUAUAUGUUACAUCGACUGUCUAUCGACUAUUGAUUGUGGAAAAAAAGAAGAAAUAAAUUACGAAGUAUAAGCGAAUUUAAUUAUUAACGCUAAGUAAUAUCUAAUUGAUGCGCUCGCGAUAGAUAUCGUUUAUUAUUAAAUAAAGAAAAUCACGCGCGAGCGGCCGUUUGAAAAAUUCAGGGGAUUUCGUUUAAACUACAGAAAAUACCUCCGUAUUAUAUUGUGUAAACUUUAUCGAAAUAAACUUAAGACUGAAGA